UCUCUUCCGUCGCCGUGGCAACGCGGGGCUCGAGGCCUGCUCGCGGCCUGGACUGGCUCCUCCUUCGCGUCCGCGGCCUCGCCUCCUCGCCUCCGGAGCGGCUUUGCGUCGCGGGAGAAGGAAGCCAUGGAGGCCGAGGCGAGGCCCAGGGAGACGGCCUCGCCAUGAAGUGCCGCCCGCGCCAUGACAGGUUCCAUAGCAGUUUAUACAGAAGUCAAGUUUUUGGGGAUCAGCACACCACAACUCAGGAAUUGGGAGCAGGUCGUCACCAGCUAGAUGCCAUGCAGCCCAACGCUAAUAACCGGCACGGUGCGUCUGUAAACGGCGAUGGCACCACGUCCUCCCAGAGCACGCAUGCCGCAGCCUUGCCAGGAGAAGGUUCUUGCCAACACAUCGGGGAUGUUCAUAUCCAGCUGGGCUCGGUUCAUGGAGAGACGGGAGAGAAUGUGGCCUCCAGGCAUCACCCGCGGCUGGGAUCCCAGAGCCGUCCUCAUUCCCACAGCGAUGUGCGGGACACCCAAGGCGGCGGCGGCGGCGGCGGCCCAGAUUUGGAGGAACAAAAUGGCAGCUCUUUCUCGGAAUUCCGAUAUCUCCUCCAGUGGCUGUACAAGAGCCUCCCGUACCUCUUGAUCCUGUCCAUCAAACUUCUCACGCAACACUUAACUGGCAUUUCUCUGGGAAUUGGGCUGCUCACAACCUUUAUGUAUGCAAACAAAAGCAUUGUAAAUCAGGUUUUCCUAAGAGAAAGGCAUUCCCGGUUGCAAUGUGUGUGGUUAUUGUCGUUUCUCGUGGGAUCGUCCCUCCUCAUUUAUUACACAUUUUACUACCAAUGCCUUCAUUACAGCUUGAUCUUUUUAAGUCCAAAUGUGGUUUUUAUGAGCUUCUGGGAAGUCCUUUGGAUUGUGGGCAUCACAGACUUUGUUCUGAAGUUCCUGUUCAUGAGCUUCAAGUGCAUCGUUCUCCUGCUGCCUUCUUUUAUCAUGUCUUUUAAAUCCAAGGGUUACUGUUAUAUGUUUUUAGAAGAAUUCUGCCAGUUCUACCGCACCGUGGUCCCGAUCCCAGUUUGGUUCCAGUACCUAGUUGGCUUUGGGGAGCUGCACAGUAUGCUGGGAUGGUGCUCGGGAGUCCUUCUCGCUUUGCUGUAUCUUGUCCUCAAGCUCCUGGGCUUUUUUGGAAGCCUGAAAAACCUCAGGCGGGUCCUCAGGGUGUGCAGCACGCAACCAAGCUAUGGCACGGCAGCCAGCAAGCGGCAGUGCGCAGAGGCCGAGGACAUUUGCGCCAUCUGCCAAGCUGAAUUCCGCAAACCCGUCCUCCUCAUCUGCCAGCACAUCUUCUGUGACGAAUGCAUAGCGCUGUGGUUCAACAGAGAGAAGACUUGCCCACUCUGUCGGACGGUCAUCAGCGACCACGUCAACAAGUGGAAAGACGGGGCAACCUCGGCACAUCUACAGGUCUAUUAAAAAGACGGUCCUGCCAGAUCCACGCUUCUCGUUGUGAACUCAUUGAAAAGACGCACUUACGGUUGAUAGGAGGGUGGAAGACGGAAGGGAUAACGUACUCAGGGCUUUCUCAAUUGCCAUACAGGAUUUCAGUCUUUAAAAUGCAGCAUAGAUUUUCAAAUUUCCAAAUGCUUUUCCGUGUGUAAUUUUGAGAAAUUUUGCAAGCUUUAAACGCAACUUUUCUUUGCAAGACUUUGCUCUUUUUCACGGCAAAACUACUCUUUUUCCUUCUCCUCCUGAUGCCAUUCGUGCACUCGCGCAUAUUUUAUAAGCUGGGAAAGCAGCAUGGAAGGAACUUUGCUCUUGAUCUCGAAUUCAAUUACAUACUCCCGGAAAGAAAGCUUUUUCUACUUUUUUAAGCCUGAAUUUUUAAAAAAGGAAAAGUACUGUAUUUUGUCAUACCAUCUAAAUUUUACUAAAGAGGAAAAAUCUAUUUUGAUGAAUCUUUUUAAAAAAGCAACCUGCAGUAUAUGAAUCGAUAUAUGAAAAAAAUUAAACACUUGAAAACUG